GCGACGGCUUUUUGCCGGCCGUCCCGCCCUGCCUCUCUAUCCCCGGGAGUUCUUCUGUCCCACCUCGGGCCCCGGGAGGAGGGAGCGGGGUCUUGUGGCACUCACCUGGUCCUGGUAGAGGUGUCGGGGUUCAUUGCAGGGACUUAUCUUGUUUCCUCCCUUCUUCUCUGCCCUUCUAGUUUUACGGGGGCAAGUCCUGCCCAACGUGUACGGUGAGGCCUUGGGCACUGCUUUAAUUAUCAGUGGUUGUGGGAACUGGACAGUUUCCUGACCUCGAAUCUCUUGCACUUACGCUUCUCUGCCUCCGUGUCCAUAACACUUUCUGGUCACCCUUAACAAGUCUCCAGUCCCGGAUGUCCAUUCCUAAGAUUACUAGUUUAUAAGCGUCUCCAGGUGGGACUCAUCUGAUUCUCAGUAUUCUUCAGGUACUUGAUAGGUUUGUUACUGAGCCCAACUGUUUUCAGGAAAACCCUUGUGUCGAAUUAAAACACAAAAAACAAAAACUCUAAAACCCGUCAUUCUCAUAUGGGAAUGCUACUUCCAGAGUGCACACUAGUCCUUGACAGUUUCGUGACCUUGUCCAGUAGAAGGCUAUUUAAUUUUUACAACUGCUUGAAUUUUGGCAUACAAGAUGAAGCAAGAUGCCUCAAGAAAUGCUGCCUACACUGUGGAUUGUGAAGAUUAUGUGCAUGUGGUAGAAUUUAAUCCCUUUGAGACUGGGGAUUCAGGAAACCUAAUUGCAUAUGGUGGCAAUAAUUAUGUUGUCAUUGGCACGUGUACGUUUCAGGAAGAAGAAGCAGACGUUCAAGGCAUUCAGUAUAAAACACUUCGAACAUUUCACCAUGGAGUCAGGGUUGACGGUAUAGCUUGGAGCCCAGAGACUAGACUUGAUUCAUUGCCUCCAAUAAUCAAAUUUUGUACUUCAGCUGCUGAUUUGAAAAUUAGAUUGUUUACUUCAGAUCUUCAAGAUAAAAAUGAAUAUAAGGUUUUAGAGGGCCAUUCAGAUUUCAUUAAUGGUUUGGUGUUUCAUCCCGAAAGUGGCCAAGGAAUUGCAAGUGUGAGUGACGAUCAUACCUGCAGGAUUUGGACCUUGGAAGGAGUGCAAACAUCUCUUUUUGUUCUUCAUUCUCCUGGCAUGAGUGUGUGCUGGCAUCCUGAGGAAACUUGUAAGCUGAUGGUUGCAGAGAAGAAUGGAACAAUCCGGUUUUAUGAUCUUUUCGCUCAACAGGCUAUUUUAUCUCUUGAAUCAGAACAAGUGCCAUUAAUGUCAGCACACUGGUGCUUAAAAAACACCUUCAAAGUUGGAGCUGUUGCAGGAAAUGAUUGGUUAAUUUGGGAUAUUACUCGGUCCAGUUAUCCUCAAACUAAGAGACCUGUUCACAUGGAUCGAGCCUGCUUAUUCAGGUGGUCCACAAUUAGUGAAAAUCUGUUUGCAACUACUGGUUAUCCUGGUAAAAUGGCAAGCCAGUUUCAAAUUCAUCAUUUAGGACAUUCUCAGCCCGUCCUCGUGGGUUCUGUACCUGUUGGAUCUGGCCUCUCCUGGCAUCGAACUCUCCCUCUGUGUGUCAUUGGAGGAGACCACAAGCUGUUGUUUUGGGUGACUGAAGUAUAAAGUUUUCUCUGUACCUUAGAGUCACAAACUUUGUAUUUUUAAUACACAUUUUGAAGAAUUUCUUAUUUUUAUAUCAAAUAUACUGUAUACUUUAGAAAAUGUUUCAGUUGCUUUUAUUACAUAAAAUGUUCAUGGUUUGAAAAAUUA